AUGGGCGACUCAGAGGCGAAAGCAAGACAAAAGAUGGCCGAAGCCGAGAAGAAAGGCAAAGGAGGCGGCGGGUUUUUUGGGAAAAUCUUCAGCGGCGGUGGCGGAGAGGAUCAAGCCGAUUUGUAUGUUCAGGCCGGUAACCUCUUCAAAAUGGCCAAAUUGUGGAAAGAGGCCGGAGAGGCUUUUUUGAAAGCCGCCGAGGUUCAUGGAUCGAGGGGAGACGCCAAGCACGAUUGUGCUACCCAAUAUGCCGAGGCCGCCAACUGUUACCGCAAAGUGAAUCCACAGUUGGCCGUUGAAUGCUUGACAAAGACAUCGGACAUCUACACGGAUAUGGGACGUUUCACGAUGGCCGCCAAGAAUCACACGACGAUCGCCGAAUUAUAUGAGACUGAAUGCCCCGAUACGGAAAAAUGCAUCGCUCACUAUCAAAAAGCCGCCGAUUAUUACAAUGGAGAGGAAAGCAAGAGUUCGGCCAACAAAUGUCUUGAGAAAGUUGCUCAUUAUGCAGCCGAGCUCGAGCAAUGGCGGAAGGCUAUCAAUAUCUACGAGCAAAUCGCUUUUUGGGAGGCUGAUCACUCGACGCUGAAGUACAACGCAAAAACGCAUUUCUUUAAGGCUCUCCUUUGCUAUUUGAAUCUUGAUCAGUUGGACACCACUCACGCGCUGAAGAGAUACGAAGACGCGAGUCCAAGUUUUGCCGAGACACGCGAAGCAAAAUUGGUUAAGGAGAUUCUGGCGACGCUCGAGGGUCAGAAUGAGGACGCAUUCACGGAAGCGGUCACAAAGUACAACAAAAUCUCACCACUGGACCCAUGGAUGACAAGUCUUCUCGUAAAGGUCAAGCGACAAAUCAGCCAUGGUGUCGAAGACGAGGACGAUCUGCGA